AUGGAGGAAGGGCUUGUUGCGGCGUGUUCCCAACUGCGAUUGACAGAAGAUGAGCAGGAGACGAUAACGCUGGAGGAUGUUAUUAAUGAUAACGCAAAGGAGAAGGCUGAGCUGAGCCUUGUGGGGAAAUUAUUAACUCAGAAACCCUAUAACCUAAUCCAUAUGAAGAACGCGUUGAUUAGUGCCUGGAAAUUGGCAAUAGGGUUUACCAUACGCGACAUCGGAGAUGACUUGUUUAUUUGUGAAUUCUUCUCAAAGCUUGAUAAGAACAGAAUCUUGCAUGAUGGCCCUUGGAAUUUUGACAAACAAUUGAUCCUCUUCGAACUAUUCUGGGUUAGAAUCUAUAAUCUACCGAUGAAUUGUAGAGGUAGGGCAACAGUUAGCAAGAUUGGUUCAAAACUUGGGAAAAUUGUGGAGGUGGAUGGUAAUAGUGGGGAAUGCAACAGAUAUGGUAGAGUGAGGGUCAAUUUGGAUGUUUCAAAAUCAAUGAUAAGAGGAACUAAGGUAAUCAAUCCUCUUGGAGAGCAAUGCUGGAUUCCGUUCAAGUACGAAAGGCUCCAAAAUUUUUGCUAUUGGUGCGGGAUGUUGGACCACCUUGUUGCGGAUUGUGAAGAAAAACCGGAGGAGACUGAGGUGUCUGAUUGGCCAUAUGGUCCAGGGCUAUGA